GGUACUUACGGUCAGACUCUGAAUCUGACGCAGUGCAUCCUGUCGCUCAGCAUCCUUUGGUGCGCUCAGCAUCCCACGACGGCCUGAAAAGCAACGGACCAGACACGAGCGGACACAACAUGUAGAGUGAAGGUGUAGAUAUGAAAUAUCUGAAUUAAAGCAGGUAAACAGUCGACAUCGAUUCUUUAUUUCUGCCGUGAUUCGGAGUGCGCGCCCAUCCCUCAAAAUGGCUGAGAUCGCUGAGAUGCGAGCAGCAUACGAUAUGUCCCCAGUUAUGGCUGGGUUCAUCGGUGCCGGCGUGUUGGUCGUUGCUGUCAUUGCAUCAGUCUUUGUGUGGACCUGCUGUAGGAAACAGUACAACAGGUCAAUCUACAAGCUCCACGGCAUCCAAUCGGAACACAACGAUCCUCUCACAGACCCUCCGUACAAGUUCAUUCACAUGCUGAAAGGAAUGAGCAUCUACCCAGACACGCUGACCAGCAGCAAGAGGAUCAUUCGGUUGGCACGCCAAGUCAGAUCCCACGGCACAGACGAAGCUCAGGUCAACAAUGGGUGCCCUGCGGUACUGGUAAAUAAAGAUUCAGCAGCAGAAGGCGGCCUACUAGGAGGAAAACAAAAGCAGAUGAGGCUCGGAGAAGAUGCCAGCGAGGUUCUCAGGUUGGAGAGAGAACUUCCUGUGCAUGCCGAUUACUGCUGUCUGGAGAGCAGUUCUGCAAGCAGCAGUCAGUCCUCCAGUACCACUGUUUCCAACACAGCUACACCCUUUACCCCUGGAGAGGAGCCCAACCGUGGGGAUCUCACUAUUGCCGUCGACUAUAACUUCCCCAAGAAGGCCUUAGUGGUCACCAUCCUAGAGGCUCGAGGGUUACCGGCAGUUGAAGGGCAGACGGGCAGCGCUGACCCCUACGUUAAGAUGACCAUUCUACCGGAGAAGAAACAUCGCGUGAAGACCCGUGUUUUGAGGAAGACACUGGAACCCGUGUUUGAUGAGACCUUCACUUUUUACGGCGUGCCGUACAGCUCGCUUUCAGAUCUAACCCUGCACUUCCUGGUUCUGAGCUUUGACCGGUUUUCACGAGACGAUGUGAUUGGGGAGGCGAUGGUUCCGCUGGCAGGGGUGGAUCCCAGUACGGGACGAGUUCAUAUCUCUCAACAGAUCACUAAGAGAAACAUGCAGUGUGUAAGCCAUGGAGAGCUGCUGGUCUCUCUGUCCUAUCAGCCCGUCUCUCACAGACUCAGCGUGGUGGUGUUAAAAGCCAAACAUCUUCCGAAACUGGAUAUCACUGGGAUGUCUGGCAAUCCCUACGUGAAGUUGAACGUGUACUAUGGCCACAAGCGCAUCGCCAAGAAGAAAACCCAUGUGAAGAAAUGCACACUCAACCCUGUUUUCAAUGAAUCCUUCAUCUAUGACGUACCGGCUGAUUUACUGCCAGACAUCUCCAUUGAGUUCCUGGUCAUGGACUUUGACCGCACUACCAAAAACCAGGUUCUGGGACGCCUGGUGCUCGGCACAAACAGCCCCUGCCCCUCUGGCACCACCCACUGGCAGGAGGUCUGCCAGAACCCACGACGCCAGAUCUCGAAGUGGCACACCCUCUGUGAAUACUAGACCUUCACUCUGCUCUCUCUACACACGCUCAGACACAGGCACACAGAAAACAUGAUUUAAGAACAGGAGUUGUGAGAAAGAUGAUGCCUUUGUUACCACCUUUCAGGAGCAGGUAACCGAUCUUCAGGAGGACUUGUAAAAAGGACUUAAGCCAACUUGUGCAUCAUUGCAAUCGUGAUGAUGGGCCUCGGAAAGAUUUUUUUAAAACAAAUAUGACACUAACACACUUACAAACAAUUUCUCAUUCACCUCACAAACUUACACACACCGCAAGUAAGAAUUAAAACACAAACCAACAUAACAAAUGCUAAUAACUGAGACCAAAACAUUCUAUAACAUGGCGUGAUAACAAAUGUCUGACUGUUAGGAGUUUAUUCUGAGGUUCGUGGGAUUCUGUAACUGUCCAAAUGCAAUUGUAUGAUGUCAUGUGAACAGAUCUCUCCAUGCACUGGCUUUUGCUGCACUUAUCGCAUGUCUUAACGCUCCAUAUUUCACCCCAAGGACACGACAGAACGGGACAUUGUUUCAGUUGUGACUCUGUGGCCACACAUUAAGAAGCAUCAUCACUGCGUGUGUUGUGUGUGCUAACGGACGCACAGCUCGCUUUUGUUACGGGUGAAUCAGAUUUCUCGGCUUCUCAUGUUACUCGCACCCAGAUGAGCUUAUAAUGAUGUGAUUCUUCAGUCAUCAGUGCGCUGAUGUGACGCAGACAGAUGCUGUAUGAUCUACAUUCAAAGAUGAUUCGUUCUGUUCUACAAUGACCGGACAUUUUAGAGAUUCUUGCAGUGUCACAUUUUCCACAUCUACGUAACUCUUUUGGCAGCUUUUUCGAGGCCAGAUUUAUUGCUUGUGCACAAAUUUCAGCAUCUUCUUUUGAUAAAUCUGGUCCCGAAAAAAUGUCCUGCUACGCACUCUGAAUGUCACCGUUUUCUGAAUUUCACACAUCAGAGCUUCACGUCAUGGUAAAACAAAGGAUCACUGUUUUGUAGAUUUCUUUAUUACAUUACACUCUCUAUUAAGGUGUAUCUGCCGUGUUUUAUAUAGAGAUAGAACAAGCUCCAAACUACUGGCAUUUUGAUCCUUGUGAUGUACAGUAUUUGGAAGACAGUCGAGAUUUAAGUCGAGAAGGAAUCCUACAAUUUCACAACACUGUUCAUAUAUAAACAGACACCUAUCUUACUUCAUUUCUUUAGCUUCAUUCAAGACCUCCUACUUUCUGUCAUUGUUAGAGUUUCGCACAUUUCGCCUAUAUGAACAUGUAUAACGUGAUGUUAGCUGGUUUAUAGUGCUUUUCUCUACAUCCAGAUGGUUUGCCUGCUGACAGCCUCGGCCUUUAUCUUUGUUCAGAGCUUCUCGCUGUUCAUUCUAUAAGCACACUGAGUCUGUGUCUGGCACAGAGCAUACUGAGGUCCAUACGGACAGAACAUAGUGCUGAGGAGACCUGGCAGAGAAAGGCUGUUUGGUGAUCUAGGGAGCUCGAAAUGCUGUCUUACGUGGCGCUUGAUAUGACAUAUGUUCUCCAUCUCUAGUUUUUUACAUUCCAUUAGAAUACUGCAGGUUAGCUACUGAAAGUCAGCUGGUCGUGUGCCACAUGGUUUCUCUGAAAUAUUGGAUAGACGUGAUGUAAACUGUAAUUCUGGUUGGAAAAAGCUUUUUAGGUGUUUGAGUGACAAUUCCUGUAUAGAAUCACAUCUACUUUCACUCAGCAAUGUCUCGUCUCAUGUACAAAACACCUUUUUGUAUCUUGCAUAAGAGUCAAAAAAUUGAAGCCACUGGAGGAUAAAAAUAAACAAUAGAGUAACAGAAAAUGAUAAAAGCAAAGUCAUUGGUGGACUCUACACAAUCGCUUUGGUGUUUAAACAUAAAUUGGCAGGAAACUCUCUGUGCAAAUUGUCGUAUUAGUGCAAACAGAACAAAAAAACGUAAGAAAAUCUUGUGAUUCUUUGACAUACAGUAUAUUGCAAAUGCUGUGAGAUCUUUGCUAAUGUUCCACAUCCACCUGUAUGUUCUUGACACCCGCUGAAUGUGUAAAAUAAACGUGAUACACAAGUGAA